UUAGAUCCCAUUCUCUACAUAUGGGGUGAGACUAAAAUUAUGUUAACCAGCAAUAAAGACUACAACGAAGGGAGGAAUAGAGUGGAACGAGGCAAUUAAAGGAGCAGAGGCAAUUUUGGAGCGGCGGAUUUUAAUUUGGGCAAGCGGAACUCAGCCUGGGGGAUAUGUUUCAGAUUAACUUCUCUUCAUUCUCCUCUCUCAACCGUCCGCCGCCUCUUCCGGUCCACACUCAUCCCCCUGCUUCCUUUCCCCACCGCAAUCUCUUUCUGCUUCAUCUAAAAGGAGAAUGAAAGAAGGGAAGACCAUCUCGGUUAUGGGCGAGGCAUCUUGCCGUCCUCCUCGACGUAGUGGUUGCCAAGAUUGUCCGGAUUACUUGGACAAAAAUAGUAACCGUCUAUUUCGUCGUUGUGUUGUUGACGUCAUCGACGGUCAAGUCAUCAUCGAUUAUUGCAGGUUUAGGUCGGCAGGAGCGUUGAGGCAAGGCGCCAGGAGAGUCCAGGCAGGCGCGACACGGCCCGGCGAGGAUCAGAGAGCGUCUUAUCCUCGCCACCAUUGCCGACGUCGGGGGGAGGAGGAGCGACUCAGGGCAACAAAACGAUGUCGUCUGCCGUUGGUGACUGGAUCGCAGAGCCGUGUGGCGGCGGAGCAGUAGCAGCCGAAUUGGGCGAUGUUGUGUGUGCCUACCGACGCACCGACGCGACGGUUACCGGUCCGGGGCGGUGUGGCGAUACCACCGGGCGACGGUUAAGCUAAGUAUUCUUAACUAUUCAAUUUUCUUAUUCAUUAGUAAUAUUUAUUUGUUUUCUUUUGUUAAUUAUCCUCCCUCAUUUAUUAAUUUUGUAUCUUUAUUUAUUUUCUUUUCCAUGUCUUGUAUCGUUUUCCAUCUAUGCAUCAAUUUUACUAGUUAUAUUUUAUCUUGUAUAACUAUAUGUUUCUUUUAUUAUUUCUUUUUCAAUUUCUGCAUCAAUUUUCCUAGUCAUAUUCUCGAGGAUGAAGUUCUUUUCAAGUUUAGGUUUGUAGUCUUUAUUAAAAAAAGGUUUGUAAAUAAUGUUGGUUAUCUAUGGUUUCCCGAUGACCUGGUUCACUUUUUCAAGUGAGAAAGUUGCCUUGUGUACAUGUUGGCCUGUUGGCUCAUUGGCCUGGAUUGUCCUUGCAGAGGCCUUUUUGUUUGUUCAUUUUGCAGGUGAAGAUUCAAUUGCAAAAUAAUCGAUUGGUGGCAGCUCUGUCAUGUCCACCAGGUGGCCUUUUGAUGAGAUUUGAUGGAGCACUGCUACGAAAUAGGGGAGGCAUCAUUGGCUUUGUGGUGUUGCUAUUGCUAAAUCGAAUUUUGGGAUGCUGUCGUGGAGGUUAUCCUUUUGAGUCCUGCUUCUUCACUGUAUCAAGUUGGCGUCGCACUUAUCAUGAAGUUGUAUCAUUUUGAUGGUUUGAGUGGUUUCCUUCACUUUUUUCUUAGGAACUAACAGAGCUGCCCAUUGCGUGGCAAAAUCGGCUCUUUCAUCGACAGCUCAAUUAGUAUUGACUGUCGCUUUUAUUUUUCAAUCCAUUGUAAUCAACUAUCUAUUACUAUUCUAUUUAUGGCAAAAAAAAAAUAAAGACUACAACGACUUUUUUUGAGAGACUACAAGGACAAGAUUAGGUGAUUAAAAGGGACCAAAUGAGUAAUUAUUGAAUCAAAGAAAUCUAUUUAGAAGGUUAAAUUAUUCAUUGACCUUGAGAAAAGAAAAUAUUUCAUUUUUCGAAUUAUUUCAUGUUCUCCUUUCUCCAAAUGAUUUCGAUAAAUUUCAACAACCGUUUCUUGUUUUUUUAAAUCCUCAUUCUUACUAUUUUGCUCUCCGCCUAUCUUUUUUUCCCCAAGCUAGCAAUAAAUAUUGGGAAGAAUGAUGAUGAGGAAAACUUCAUCAAAGGGGGGGGGGGUGUUUUCUCCGUUUUAGGGGGCUGGUUCCGGUGGCCAGCCUGUUUGUUUGUGGGCUGCCAUGCCUUGUAUCGGUUUGCGUUGUACUCCUCUUUCUGUCUUCUGUUUUAAUCGAUUUCACCUUUAUCAAAAAAAAAAACUUCAUCAAUCCUCAGUACAAGACCUUCAUCACAAUAUCAUUAUCGCUCUCUCCAUCUCUCUCGAUCAUUAUUACUAUAAUUUCAAUUUAACCUUAUCUUAGUUAGUUUCAUACAUCAUAUGCGACAAAUAACUAAUGAGACAACGACAUGAAAGUUAAUUUCCAGAAAGCCAUUAGAAUCUGUCAGUAAUAAUGACUAAUGAGAUAG